UCGACCCUCGCCGAGCAUCACUCUCGUGUACUUUCCGGCGUCCUCACGGUCGUCGUCUCGUCGUUCUCUACCCAAACUCUCCAAACAUGUCCGGUCGCGGCAAGGGUGGCAAGGUCAAGGGAAAGUCCAAGUCCCGCUCCUCCAGGGCUGGACUCCAGUUCCCCGUCGGAAGAAUCCACCGUAUUCUCCGCAAAGGAAACUACGCUGAACGUGUCGGUGCUGGUGCUCCCGUCUAUUUGGCCGCCGUGAUGGAAUACCUGGCCGCUGAGGUCCUGGAGUUGGCAGGAAAUGCUGCCCGUGACAACAAGAAGACCAGAAUCAUCCCCCGUCACUUGCAGUUGACCAUCCGUAACGACGAGGAGUUGAACAAGCUCCUUUCCGGCGUUACCAUCGCCCAGGGAGGUGUCCUGCCUAACAUCCAGGCUGUGCUCCUGCCCAAGAAGACCGAAAAGAAGGCAUAAGUACCCCUCCUUUGACGGCAACCUCGUUCAAUCGAGUACCAAAAAGGUCCUUUU